AUGGAGCCUGAAGAACGUGAGAUCAGUCCAUUUAUGGUUGCCUUUGUCAUGACGAUGGUUGAAAUCCGGCUACAUGAGCUGCUGACCGGCAGCAAUACAACUAUCGAGCUCAAGGGAACAACGUGGGUCGAACCAUACCGUCGCCACAUGGACAGCCUUUUCGAGAUGCUUCCUUCAUUGCAUGAUGAAGUUCUCGCAGAUCUUGACCUCGAAAUCAUGGAGGUGUCAGAUUGA